UGUCGGGGAAACUGCGCCCGUCGUAAAAGGUCGCGGUGGAACCUCCCUGCGGUGCCGAGACCUGUGGCUUUAUGGUGCCAGCCACUGCUGAGCCGGGAGAUGUCGGCUGCGGGUGGGGUGGAUCCCCCGGGUCCUCCCAGCAGCUUUGCGAAGCGGGUCCUGGUGACCGGGGGUGCUGGUUUCAUUGCAUCACAUGUGAUUGUCUCUUUAGUAGAAGAUUAUCCAAAUUAUAUGAUCAUAAAUCUAGACAAGCUGGAUUACUGUGCAAGCUUGAAGAAUCUUGAAACCAUUUGUAACAAACAAAACUACAAAUUUAUACAGGGCGACAUAUGUGAUCCUCACUUUGUGAAGCUGCUGUUUGAAACAGAGAAAAUAGACAUGGUCCUGCAUUUCGCAGCACAAACACAUGUCGCUGGACUCAUCCAUGUAGCUGAGUGUGGGUGUGAUUUAUUCAUUUUCGAUCUUUCAUUUGUGCGUGCCUUCGAGUUCACCUAUGUCAAUGUGUACGGCACUCACGUGCUGGUGAGUGCAGCCCACGAAGCCAGGGUGGAGAAGUUCAUCUACGUCAGCACAGACGAGGUGUACGGCGGCAGCCUCGACAAGGAGUUUGAUGAGUCUUCGCCCAAGCAACCCACAAAUCCUUACGCGUCCUCCAAAGCAGCCGCCGAGUGUUUUGUGCAGUCCUACUGGGAACGAUACAAAUUUCCAGUUGUCAUCACGAGGAGCAGCAAUGUCUAUGGACCACACCAAUACCCAGAAAAGGUUAUUCCAAAAUUUAUAUCUUUACUACAGCACAACAGGAAAUGCUGCAUCCAUGGGUCAGGGCUUCAAACGAGGAACUUCCUGUAUGCUACCGAUGUCGUGGAAGCCUUCCUCACCGUCCUCAAGAAGGGGGAGCCCGGGGAGAUCUACAACAUCGGGAGCAGCCUCGAGAUGUCGGUGCUGCAGCUGGCCCGCGAGCUCAUCCAGCUGAUCAAGGAGACCAAGUCGGAGUCUGAAACGGAACGCUGGGUUGAUUAUGUCAGUGACAGUGUCAUUUUAAAUCUGUUUCGUUUCCCAAGACCCACCAAUGACAUGAGGUAUCCAAUGAAGUCAGAGAAGAUACACGGCUUGGGAUGGAGACCCAAAGUGCCUUGGAAAGAAGGAAUAAAGAAAACAAUUGAGUGGUACAGAGAGAAUUUUCACAACUGGAAGAACGCGGAAAAGGCAUUAGAGCCCUUCCCGGCGCAGGCACAGCCGCCGUUUGUGUAGACGGAGCUUUUGGAGAAGGAGGAGCCUUACCCUACCUCAACGAGUGAUGUGAAGUCAAGCGACCAAAUGAAGUGUCUUGUUUUCCUUUGGAACUAGAUGCCUGACUUUUGGUAUAAAAUGCAGAAAUUUUGCCCAUCUUGAGAAGAGUUUAAGUAUUCGAGUAGGAUUUGAAUAUGAACAUUCUUUCCGGAGCCUUCUCUGGGCUGGGAGCCAGGAGGCACAGACGGAGCCCUGCGCAGGCGUGGGCCGGAGGGGAGCUUCCCCCCCACAUCUGGGAGCGAGGACGCGGAGCUCGGGCCGGCUGUGACCGCUGUGCCCUCGUCUCCCGCUGCCUGAGAAGUCUCGGGGGUUUUCCUUUUUAGACGGCGCGCGAUGGUGUGCCCUGAUUCAUCUUUUUUUAAAGGUGCGCUCUCGUGCCACGUGAGCUUUGAAAGUGGGACCAAAUGGAAGCACUUUUUAAUUUUGGAUAAUUUUGCAAUAUUAAGUUAAAUGUUUUUUUAAAACAAAGACGUAGUUUUUAUAUUUUCAAAAUCAGUCAUUGAACUCUGUGUAAGUAACCACAUAUUGGAAAUUGUAUUAUGUACUUAAUGUUUAUCAUGAUUUUAUUUAUAAAUUCAAUAUUUUAAUGUAUUAUAGAGUCUGUUUUUGGGGGUAAUGUAUGUUUUUAUUUUGCGGUACAAAAAUUUUAAAAUACUUGAUUGCAUAUUUUUAAUUCCUCUCUCCUCUAAGACUAA